CAUGUCACAUUUGUCACGUAGUCAGGACCUGUCACGGUAUGCCGUUCGGCAUGAAAAAGCAAGUCGAGCGCUGUCACCAACUUUCACCACGCUCUUGAGAUCUGAGCUUUGGCCUAGGCAAUUGGAUGUUCUAGAAGUUGCUUGUGUUAACUACAUUUGUAUCCCUAAAUUCGAAUUCAAACUGCAUACUACUUGUGGUUCACUAAAACAAACAUAUGCUGUGGUAGCGUGGAUGAACUUUUGCUUUUUUUGUCCUGACAAAAGCGUCGGCGAUAUAUAACGGCUGGAUUACCGCUUUGCCACCUCAGAAAACCCUGUCUUACCCAUUUCUUGAGCUUAUUAUUAUGACCACUUCACAAACCAAUCUUACGGACCGUAGCAAACUUCGCAUGGAGCGGCUCAGGCUCGAAGAGCUCGAGCAGCAACGCUGGGAACAAGAGGCACUCGUAAUGCCUGAAGCGCUCAAUCAAGCUCUCCUCAUGUCAUUUGCAUCAGUAAAGACUGAAUUCAGUGACCUUGAUGGUCUCUCGUGGUCACGCUACCCUGUUCCUUUGGUUCCUAACCCAUGGGCAAUAGACGAACCAUCCCCCACUCCAACACCGGAUUAUCCCGAGCCCAGCGGAUUCCCUGACGAGCUAGAAUACUCUCAACGGUCACAAACCCCCUCACCUUACACUGUUUCAUCGUUCACUGGGCUAACCUCUUUCUCACCUGGAGAAACCAUUCGAGUACCUCGAGCACCAAAUAAAUUGUCUCGGUCUCCCUUGUUACCUACAAACCAGUUCACUCCGGAUUCGAACAAUUCAAGAUGCUCUGAUCACACAAGGUCUUCACCGCCUACAAACUACCACAUGUCACCAAACGAUGCUCGCUAUGAACUCCGCCACCUACCUUCAUUUGACACAUCUAUGCAACCCCGGAUAUCCAUUCCUUCAAAACACCGCAAAUUUAAUCCACAACUUACAUAGCAUCGCAUUCAUGAUUACAUCCCCUCUUUUUUAACGUUAACGGAAAUGCUUUGUAUCAAUACUACUGUAGCUGUAAGCUUAGAGAUUCAAUCGACUGCCUUGGAUAUUAUAUUACAUCGUUUUGCGGGAUCGUCGAAAUGCUGAAUGGAGAAGGGAAUUCGAAGUUCUGAUCGACGUUAUACGUCUGGACAGGU